ACGACGCACUGACUCAUGUUCCUUUAUAAUUAACUUGUUAAGGCUUAUUUACUGGCAGCAAAACACUCGCAUUACAAUGUUUCAGUACUUUUUGUCUGAAAAAACACUUGUGGGACUUCUUAUGUUGAGUUAUACGGCUUCCAUGGUCGUUGGUAAAGGUUCAGCUAAAAACAUCUGUUCGUAAAUGCGUUUGUUUACCUUGACGUUAUAAUAGUUCAUUUAUCGUAAGUGAUUAGAAACUUGUAGUGUCAAUGUUACUACCAAAUUGCAUGUUACUGAGUAUUAUUGAUUGUACUAACUUCAGUCUGUUGUUUAUUCAAAAAAAGUAUACACAUACAUAGUGUAUGAACAUAGCUACAGAAGUAUAACACUAUUUUCAGUGAAGUGUAACGGCUGAACUGUAGUUUCAGUGCCAAUGUUUUGUUAUGUUUGAAAAAAUGGAAGGACCUUUUGAGUGCAAUGACCCGCAGUUCAGCGAACUGGUGUGGCAGGCGGAGGUGGCCAUUGAUAAUGGCAUCUUCCCGGAGAGGAUCUACCAGGGCUCCAGCGGGUCAUACUUCGUCAAGAAUCCUGGAAACAAAAUCAUAGGCGUAUUUAAGCCGAAAGACGAGGAACCAUACGGCCGGCUGAACCCGAAGUGGACGAAAUGGAUGCACAAGCUGUGCUGUCCGUGCUGCUUCGGGCGCUCCUGCCUCAUCCCCAACCAGGGGUACCUGAGCGAGGCCGGCGCCAGCCUCGUCGACUCCAAGAUAGGACUCAAGAUUGUGCCGAAGACUAGGGUGGUGAAGCUGGUGUCGGAGACGUUCAACUACCUGCGGAUAGACCGCGAGCGCUCGCGACUCAAGCGCGCCAUCACCGAGCAGUUCCCCAACCUGCGGUUCAACAGGAUGGGCCUGCCUCCCAAGGCGGGUUCAUUCCAGUUGUUCGUGGAGGGCUACAAGGACGCGGACUACUGGCUGCGGCGCUUCGAGCAAGACCCGCCGCCGCCGCACGUCAUGAAGAAAUUCCAGCUCCAAUUCGAGCGGCUGGUGGUGUUGGACUACAUAAUCCGCAACACGGACCGCGGCAACGACAACUGGCUCAUCAAGUACGACGCGCCCGCGCAGCAGCCGCCGCACGCUGAUAUCGACCUUAGGGACCCCUCCGAGUGGCGCGGCGCGGAGGUCCGCAUCGCGGCCAUCGACAACGGGCUCGCGUUCCCCUUCAAGCACCCCGACAGCUGGCGCGCCUACCCCUACCACUGGGCCUGGCUGCCGCACGCCAAGCUGCCCUUCAGCCAGGACACCAAGGAACUAGUGCUUCCAUUGCUAUCAGACAUGAACUUCGUGCAGGAGUUAUGUGAUGAACUACACAUAUUAUUCAAACAAGACAAGGGCUUCGACAAGGGUCUGUUCGAGCGCCAGAUGUCGGUGAUGCGCGGCCAGGUCCUGAACCUCACGCAGGCGCUCAAGGACAACAAGAGUCCCGUGCAGCUCGUGCAGAUGCCCGCCGUCAUCGUCGAGAGGUCUAAGAGCGGUUCGACGUCGUCACGUUUCUUCGACUCGUUCCAGCAGCGGUUCCAACACAAGUCGCCCUUCUUCUCCUGGUGGUGAACACACACGCUCACCACUAGA